GAUGUUCUUUAUGCAUAUGCAUCAAAACUAGCUUAUGAACAACUAGCACAUUCUUUUAUUGUCGAUACGUCGACACCAUUAUUAAGAACUUAUUUUAAAACUGUAUCUGGUAUUGAUGAAAAUCUAGCAACAUUUGCUAAAUUACAACAAGAAAACUCCAUCAGAAAUGCAGGAAUCGAAGUAGCAAAAAUUUGUCAAGAACCACAUGAUCGAAAACAUUUGGGUGAUUCUUUAAAACUUUCAAAACUUUUAAAUGAUAUAUUCUAUCAACAAUCAAAUGUGAUUAAUCAUAAUGAAGCUAUAGUCAAGGAGAUGGAAAUAGUAGGGUUAUUACACUCUCGCCUUCAAUUACAACAACUUAUAAUAGAUUAUGGUAGUGGUUCAUGCUUACAUCUGAGGAAAGAGAAUACAAGAAGUAUUUCUUUAUAUUUUGGUGAUAUGAUGGAAAUUAACA